AUGUCGUCGGCCUCAUCUGCCGCGUCGGAUUCGGAGGACGACCGAAUGACCACACGCUCUGCUCCUGCCACCACAUACCGCCCGAUCGCACCGCUUCCGCAAUCGCCUCGAGCCACCUCGCCCGCGUCGCGAUCCACCACCGCCUCGGGAGAGCCGGGCCAGCGCGAGGCUGCUGUUGUCGAAUCGAUCCAAUCGCGCCUCAACCCCGAGACGGCGUCGGUGGGCUCGUCGCAUUCCGGCUCGUCGUCUAGCAAGUCGCUCCCGGCCAUGCGUCACGCGCUGCCACCCAAGCCCGUCACAACCAUGCCUGGAUCGUCAUCCGCCUCCACCUCCAACGCCGCCGCCGCCUCCUCGUCCACAUCCGCCGCCGCCGCCGCCAAGGCCAACAGCGCCAAGCGCUCGCGCGUCGACUCGUCGCUCGUACCCCAGGUGCCCAAAGUGCCCAAGACGGCGGCCGACAAGGAAAACACGCCGCGUCUCAUCGUGGUGCUCGAGCAGGCGUGUCUGGAAACCUACAAGGUCUCCACCGGCUCCGCCAGCCGCGCACCCGGUGGUGGCGGACGCAACAACAAGGACGGUGGCGACAAGUAUGCGCUGCUCAACUGCGACGACCACCAGCGUGUGCUCGCCAAGAUGGGCCGCGACAUUGCCGAGGCCCGACCGGACAUCACCCACCAGUGUCUGCUCACGCUGCUCGACUCGCCGCUCAACAAGGCCGGUCUGCUGCAGGUGUACAUCCACACGGCCAAGGGUGUGCUCAUCGAGGUGAACCCGCACGUGCGCAUCCCACGCACCUUUAAGCGCUUCUCGGGCCUCAUGGUGCAGCUUCUGCACAAGCUCAGCAUCCGCUCCAUGGGCGGCUCCGAAAAGCUGCUGCGCGUCAUCAAGAACCCCGUCACCGACCACUUCCCCGCCAACACGCACAAGAUCACGCUCUCGUUCGACUCGCCCGUACAGCGUCUGAGCAACUACCUCCCCACCAUCCCCGACAACCACAGCAUCGCCGUGUUUGUAGGUGCCAUGGCGCAUGGCAAGGACACGUUCGCAGACGGCGUUGUGGACGAAAAAAUCUCCAUCUCCGAGUACUCGCUCAGCGCCUCGGUGGCGUGCGGCAAGUUCUGCUGCGCCCUCGAGGACUUUUGGGGCGUCGUCUAG